AUGUAUCUUAUUUCGUGUAUCACACUGUUUUGCGUCAACGGACAGUUCGUCACUCUCUGCAUCCUUACGGGUCACGCCUUUUCGGAAAUGAAAAAGCGCUUUAAGCGUUUGCCCUACGAGAGAUUCAGCGAUGCAUUCAACCAGUAUAAAACGUUGGCCAACGCUCAAAGCAAAAUGGACUCAGUGUUUGCCAUCUUUAUUCUGUGUUAUUACAUUCAGUUUGCGUUUUGGAUUAUGUGGUUCAUCAACGCCACGUACAAACACCCGGGUUCGAACUAUGUGCCAUUAGAAAGCGCCAUCAUAAUAAUUUUAAUGGAGGCCUUUAUGGGAGUUGGUGUUACGUGCGGCAUGUUGUAUGUCCGCGAACAGGCUGACAUGACAUAUCCAGUUCGGCGCUUGCUGCAACAGGAGCAGAGUCCCUCGAGGAGAAAUUUGCUGUUCCAACGACUGUACCAAAUAACAAAUAAACCGGUGGAAUUCACAGUGUGCGGAAUGGUUCGCGUCGACAGAGCCUUUGUUGGGACGAUGUUUGGACUCCUUAUCAGUUACGUCAUACUCAUCAUGCAGACAGGAGAAAAGAAGGGCCAUCCCGAGCAUUUCGAAUGUCACCUUACCCCGUCAUAUGAAUACGCCAAUUCGUCUCCAACACGUCAUUACAGCUUCAAUACGUCUUCAUUUCCUCUGACAAUAACCUGCACUCAUCUAGUUUGA